ACAUUUGAAUUGUUUAGUCUAUUGAAGAAAAAGCUCAUGCAGAACAAAGACUAUAUAAGGAAGAUUCAACCUUAAUAACAAGUAUUGAAGUCGUCAUUGAAGAUUUGAGUUUUAGGGUAUCAUUGUUUUGAGUCUUUGUGUUUUGCAUACCUCUCUAUGAACCGCCAUUGAUUAUCAAAGUCUUAGAGAUGAUUUAUAAUUUGUUCUUUAUGUACCACUCUAGUGCAUCUAGCAAGAGUUGGUUUUUCUCCUUUAUUGUAACCAUGAUUGAGUCAUUGGGUUAGUUAUUGAGAGAAAGUGAGGGCGUUUUUUCAUAUUUAAGGGGAGACCUAAAUAGAAAUACACGGGUAGUAUUAGGUGAAGUGGAUGUGAACAAAGUUUGUUCACAUAAGACUAAGAACUAAUACUAUUGAGAGGGUAUUUCCUUUCUAGGGUGAAUACCCCCAGAUAUAGGUGACGAUGCACGUUAUCAAUCUCUUGUGUUCUACUUUAUCGCAAUUUACUUUAAUUCGGAUUGUAUUUUUUUUUUAAAGAUAGAAAGAAAGAAAAUUCGGAUUGUUUAUUAAUUUUCUAUAAUUGUCGUACACAUUGUCCCAAACAUUGUGUAAACAUCUAUCCUGCGAGAACGAGAAUUGUAUAUAUUAUAUUCUUAUUCUCUAUCUUUCUUUUUCGCUCUCUAUUUUCUUGCCUUAAGAAGAGAAAAAAAAAUAGUUCUCCCAAAAGUUAUCCCACAUCAACAAUACUCUUGUGAUAUAGCAACUUUGCUUAUGUUUUAGCUCGUAUUGAUAAUUUUUCCUCUAAAAAUUGAUAUUACUGAACUCAGUUGUAUAAUUUAAAAACGUAGAACUCUCUUUAGUUAAUAUUAUGAAAACUUGAGUGUAGAGUUUGUGCAAAGACAAACAAGGUUCCUCAUACUCAAACUAUAACAACAACCUAAACCUAAACCUGCAAAAUCAUACAAAAAAAUGGCCAAUUUUCACAAUUUCGCCUUUCUACUAACUAUGUUCUUUCUUCUAUUAACAGAACCAGUAACAUCCAAAAAUCCAUGCACUGAAAAAUGUGGAAAAGUUCGAAUUCAAUUUCCAUUUCAUCUCAAAAACAACACCACGAAUCACACAAAUCCUCAAGGUUUUGAAUUAUCAUGUACAGACAAAGGUGAAACCAUGUUAGAAAUUCCCACAAUUCAAUUAAAACUUUUCAUCAAACGCAUAGAUUACAAAGCUCAAAAGUUCCAAAUCUAUGACCCGAAAAACUGUCUUGCAAGACAAUUAUUAAAACUAGGAAACUUAUCAGUUUCACCGUUUCAGUUUCAAUUGCCGGAGUUUGAUACACGGCGUAACAUUAACAUUUCUUUCUUUCAUUGUGAUUCGAACAAGGAGUGUCCGAUUCUGCUACGUGAUUCCAGUCAUGAUUUUAUUGAUCCUAAAUUGGUUUCAUGUAGAAAAGUGAGUGAAGUUUUGAAUGUGGGCUGGAUGAUUGAGGAAUGGGAAGAUGAUGUUGCAGAGAGUUUGAUUAUGAAAUGGUCUAAACCAAAUUGUAGUUUUUGUGAAGUUCAAGGGAAGAAAUGUAAAUGGAAGAAUGGUACUAGAAAUGGUGAAGUUGAAUGUUUUGUUUGUAAAUCAGAUGGGAUUGCAAGAUCUACUGUUCUUCUAAUUACUACUGGGGUUAUAGUUGGUUCCAUGAUUUUGCUGCUAUUGGCAAAUGGAUUUCUUCGCAUUUAUCGUUAUUUUAAGAUGAAAGGAGAUGACAUAACAAGGAUAGAAAACUUCUUGGAGGAUUAUAGAGCAAUGAAACCAACAAGAUUUACUUAUGCUGAUAUUAAAAGAAUAACAAAUGGUUUUAAGGAAAAUUUAGGAGAAGGAGCUCAUGGAGCCGUAUUCAAAGGCAUGCUAUCCCAAGAAAUUUUGGUUGCUGUGAAGGUGCUCAAUGAGACACAAGGAGAUGGAAACGAUUUCAUCAAUGAAGUCCGAACUAUGGGAAAAAUUCAUCAUUUCAAUGUUGUUCGCUUGCUCGGAUUCUGUGCUGAUGGAUUCCACCGUGCUCUUGUCUAUGAUUUCUUUCCAAAUGGGUCGUUGCAAAAAUUCUUGGCGCCACCGGAGAACAAUGAUGUUUUUCUUGGUUGGGAAAAGUUGCAACGCAUUGCUCUUGGUGUUGCUAGAGGGAUUGAGUAUCUUCAUAUUGGUUGUGAUCAUAGAAUACUUCACUUUGAUAUCAAUCCACACAAUGUGUUAAUAGAUGAUAAUUUGAGUCCUAAAAUUACUGACUUUGGACUUGCUAAACUGUGUCCCAAAAAUCAAAGUACGGUGUCUAUAACCGCAGCUAGAGGAACAUUGGGCUACAUUGCACCUGAAGUUUUCUCAAGAAACUUCGGAAAUGUUUCUUACAAGUCUGAUAUUUAUAGCUACGGAAUAUUGUUGCUAGAGAUGGUUGGAGGUAGAAAGAAUACUAAUGUGUUGGGGGAGGAAACAUUCCAAGUUUUGUACCCAGAGUGGAUCCAUAAUCUUAUUGAAGAUAAAGAUGUUCGAGUUAAUAUUGAGGAUGAGGGAGAUGUUAGAAUCGCAAAGAAACUUGCGCUGGUCGGACUUUGGUGUAUUCAAUGGAAUCCGGUGGAUCGGCCAUCCAUGAAAACCGUGGUACAAAUGCUUGAAGGUGAUGGAGUAAAUUUAAUGGCACCCCCUACUCCUUUUGACUCUAUUGGUGCUAAUAGAACAAAUCAAGUCAUUCCACCUAGACAUCUAAAUUUUGAGUUAGAAGUUAUUCCUGAAAUAGACUAAAAUUACUUUCAGGUUCAUCAAAUGUAAUAUCUACUUGUUGAAGUCUAUCAAAAUUGAAAAUAUAUUUCAAAUAGUUAUGCUGAAGCAAUCAGUUUUAUGGUUACAAUAAUAUGCUGCCACAUUAUGUUAUUUAUGUAUGUUAUCGUUGUUACAUCAGUUACUGGCUAUAAUUGAUGUAAUUGAAUUAUGUUACGACGGCUAUUA